CGCACCGCCCCCCACCGUUCCCGGAGCAGCAAGAUGGCGGACACAAUGAGGAGGAGCCGCCUCUCCGCGGCCUGAGCGGGCCGAGUCGAGCCGGAGGGCGCCGCCAGCCCCGGCCCCCCGCCGCUCCCCGUUCCCUGCCGCUCCCCGCCUCCCCGCGAAGGCCCGGCCCGUCGGCUCCUGCCGCCGCCGGGAGCCCCGCCCGGCUCCCCUCCGCGCCGUCGCUGCCGCCCUCGGCGCGGCCCGGCCCGGCGGCGGGAUGAAGCUGACGGACAACGUGCUGCGGAGCUUCCGUGUGGCCAAGGUCUUCCGCGAGAACUCGGACAAAAUAAACUGCUUCGACUUCAGCCCCAACGGCGAGACCGUCAUCUCCAGCAGCGACGACGACUCCAUAGUUCUCUAUGACUGCCAGGAGGGCAAACCAAAGAGAACUCUGUACAGUAAGAAGUAUGGAGUGGACUUGAUCAGGUACACACAUGCUGCCAACACUGUCGUGUACAGCUCCAACAAAAUAGAUGAUACAAUCCGAUACCUCUCCCUGCAUGACAACAAAUACAUUCGUUAUUUCCCGGGGCAUACAAAAAGAGUGGUUGCUCUUUCAAUGUCUCCAGUGGAUGAUACUUUUAUUUCUGGAUCCCUUGAUAAAACUAUUCGACUUUGGGAUCUCCGCUCUCCAAAUUGUCAGGGUUUAAUGCAUCUCCAGGGGAAGCCUGUGUGUUCUUUUGACCCAGAAGGGUUGAUUUUUGCUGCGGGAGUCAAUUCUGAAAUGGUGAAGCUUUACGAUCUCCGUUCUUUUGACAAGGGGCCAUUUGCUACAUUUAAGAUGCAGUAUGAUCGAACAUGUGAGUGGACAGGCCUGAAGUUCAGUAAUGAUGGCAAACUCAUCCUCAUAUCGACUAAUGGAGGGUUCAUUCGACUGAUUGAUGCCUUUAAAGGAGCCAUCUUGCAUACUUUUGGGGGGUAUAACAAUAGUAAGGCUGUCACGCUGGAGGCAUCAUUCACACCAGACUCUCAGUUCAUCAUGAUAGGUUCGGAGGAUGGGAAGAUUCAUGUUUGGAAUGGGGAAAGCGGGAUGAAAGUGGCUGUGCUGGAUGGGAAACACACAGGUCCUAUAACCUGUCUGCAGUUCAAUCCAAAAUUCAUGACUUUUGCUAGCGCAUGUUCCAAUAUGGCCUUCUGGUUGCCAACUAUUGACGACUAACUCCUACAUUGCAGCUGCUGUCGGAUAACUUCCAUACUGCUAACAGCAGCACAUCACUGCAAGCAUAGUAUUGGAAUUGCCUAGGUCUCCUAGACCGUGUUCCUGUUCUGCAUAUGUUUCCAGAUGUCUUACCUUUAUUUGCUGCAUUCCUUUGCAAGGACUCCUCACUCGGCCCCCUAGCAUGUUCAGAAGUGGCAUGCUGUACAUUCUUACCUUCCAGUCCAUGCCCAGCAGGCUUCAGCUGAAGUUGGAACUGACACAGUAUUAUUUCUAAGAACAGUGAAGUCUGGUUUAAUUACAAAAUGUUUGUGGCAUUUUUUAGGCUGUAAUUGUAUGUUUUCCUUCUGUAAGUGCACAGGGCUAUUGACGUUCCAACGUGGAACGUGCAGUUCCUUCCCAUAAGUGCAUGUUUUUCACAUCUGGGAUCUCUGGUUUCACUGCAGUCCACAGAUGCAAAGUUACUUCUGUGCCAAAUGUGAACACUGACAGUUUUCAACUUAAACAGCAGAUGCUGGAUUCUCUUGCAGCAGAACAUGUGCCGAAAGAGUGAUUGACUGUAAAUAGACAUGAUACACCCUGUCAUCCUUUUUUUGGUGAUUUAGUGUGCAACAAACCAUACAGGUUUUGCCCACUGCCUGAGCUUGCCGAAGCCUCCCUGCUGUUUGCUGUGCCAGCAUCCUGGAGGGAGCAGACAGUACUGCUGAGGUCCGGUCAGUGUCCCAAGCAAUAAAGGAGUCUUGUCGACAGGAAGAUGGAGAAACCAAACUGAGACUGAAGACACAGUCUGCCUGUGUAUCUUAUGUACCAUGGCUGUUCUUAUGUGUACAUAUCGGGGGGGGGUGGGGGGGGGGGGGAGGGGGAAUGGGCCAUAUUUUUUUACUUUUAGAUAUUAAAGAAUAUGAUGUGGACCAGUAUUGUGGGGUGUCUAGGCUGUUUACCUUCACUCAUGCAGUUUUCCCCUCCUGGUUUGUAAAUAAGCUCCAUUAAAUCCUCCCCAUACCAGGCUUUAGACCUGUAUCCCUUCGUUGAUAAAACUGAUGUGCAGUUAGUUCAUCAUGCAUCUUGUUACAGGUCCUGCAGGUUUUCAGUGAUGGCCCUGAAAGAGCGAUGCUUCAUUUGUCAGAUGGUGUCUUCAGAAUUGAAUUUUAAAAAUCUUACAUGUGACUGUGCUGACUGCUUUGCUGUGGCCCUGCUCCAAGGAACGCCCCUGCAGAGGCGGGAGGGAUGUGCUCUCCUGCUCCAGAGGGGCUUGUGGGCGAACGGCACAGAAAGGAUGGCAAGCUGGUUUUCAAGCCUGGUUCCAGUCUCUUUUUCCUGAAACGCUGCAUUGAUCAAAUGCAUGAACUGAGGCUGGGCGUAAAUGUAGUGUGCAUUGUAUUCUUGCCUCUCCAAACACACUUGGUUUUAUGUGCUGGGUCACAGCUUGGAAUGUCAGUUCUUUCCCUUGCCCAGUCACGUGUGCUUCCCCUGUCCUACAUGUAAAAUGCUGGUAAGGUGACAAGGACAAUAUGGGCAUGUUCUCUCUGCUCUCAAGUGCCAGUCCAUGCUGGGAAGCCAUGCUCAAGCAUUUUACCUCAGGUCAGUUGCUUAGAUAUUCUCUUAUUACAGCAAAGUUCAUCUCAAUUGUGCAGCCCUGUAUAGAAUUCAGAGCAUGUCUCCCUAGAGAAGUAAAUUGUCUUGUAGACCAGCUUCUUCCUUUUUGCUUUUCCUUGCCUUUCUUCCCCCCUGCCCCCAGUCCUUCUCGGUGAAAAUGUGCUGUGCUAAGAGCUGGGGCUGGGGAGUGAGCAUUUCUCCAUUCUGGUUCCUUUCAAGUAGCAGCACGUGCUGAGCUGCAGCAUCUGCCUGUGACAGUUGGCAGGAGGCCUGCCCGCAUGAGGCAGUUGGACAGACUUUGUUUGGAUCGGUGCUGUGGUGGGAGCUUCUCCUUAGGCUCCGUGCCUUCCCUCUGCUGUUGGUACCACACCAGUGCCGAGCUGUUUCUAACAGCACAGGUCUGUGAUGUGUUUGCUCUCCUCCAGACUGGAGGAGGGAGGGGAACAGCGGACUGAGGCUUUUUUGAUCUUGCCAAACAGGCCUGCUGCUGGAGAUGCACGUGAGAGAUUCAUGCUGUUAGACCAGCAUCCCUCUUCCUGUACUGUCCCAGCAUCACCUGUAGAUGCCCAGCGCGAAGAGAGAUGGUUACUGGUCCUCACUGUUGACUAGUGUUCCACAGCCACCACUUCAACUCAGUAUUGUUGCAUUUCAGGCUGCUUGGUGCUAUUUUACCAUCGCUGGUGUUUCUGUAAGCAGCGGUACUUUGCAGUUGUCUGUAACAUCCCAGUUUUUGGGGUAUUUAGUGCAUUUUAACAGUUAAAUUUUAGCAUUCAGUAGCAAAGCCUCUUUCAGAGUUUUACCAGGUCUGUUGCCUCAGGAAGUGAAUAGAUAGCCUCCAACCAUUUUCCUUGUUACUUUUCAGGGGGGAGCAUUUGGAAGUCUUUUAUUCUAAAAAUGCUGUAAUGUGGUUUGAGCAGUUGUUUAAAGACUGUUGUUCAGCACUUAGCCACUUCCAGUGUACAACUGUUGUGUGUUGCAGCAUGAAAUGUCUGAGGAGGACUGCAGGGUCGAUGUAGGAGGACACAUACACUAAGUACAUCAGUGGCUUUUUGGCUUUUAAGCUUACAGGUUCUUGCACAACGCAGCACUAAUGCUCAGUUCAAAAUUGAAGCUGAAUGCCUUCCCAGGGCUGACUGCCACCCACACAGGCAAAGACAUCUUUCUUGGCUGAUGUUGCACUGUGUGUUUUCCGUCUUCAAAAGAGGGAAAUGUACCAAGUAUUGUCAAGGAACUUUAGUAUCGUGAGUUUCUAGAAGAUUAGACAGGAAAGGUAAAUAAAGCUUUUAGCAUCUGUAUGCUGCUCUGAAAGGAUCAGGACUGCAAUUCCUGUGCUCUUCAGGGCAGCCAGCUAAUGAGAAAUGGACCUCAUUAAAAACAGCACUCCCAGGUCUAAUUGAGUGUCCAACCUUAUGUAAAACCAACCAGGAAACUGCAUUCCCUCUCCAAAUUUGUCAUUGAAAAGAUCAAUCCCCCCAUGUUCUUUGGGAUGAAGUAAAGACCUUACUUCAAAACAAGGGGGAAGUUAGGCUCAGCAGCCCACCUCUAAAUAAGCAGUGGUGGUGGCUGAGCACAUCUGCUUGGGCUGUGGGAGAUUUUUGGGUGUAAUUCCCCAAGUCAGUCUUUGGGAGAGAUUGCUUCUGGGGUUUUUUUUGUUUGUUUCUUUUGUGUUUUUUUUUUUUUUUGUUUUGUUUUGUUUGUUUUUUAUUUUGGUUCCCAGGUCCUUGCUUAAUGUCUCAAUCCCUGCUCUGGGGGACAUGGGAGCAACGGAGUGAACAAAUUUGGAAGCAGCAGUGUAUCUUUUCCAAUGCCUCUUGAGUAUAUUUGCACUUUAAGAGACUUCGCCUUGGUUUUGGGUCAGGGAAUAUGAUCCUGGCGAGCCUUGGAAACUAGUCUCUUUGGUCACGACCUGGUAUGGGGAGUUUGACUCCUAGGUGGUAUCUGCCAGAUGAGUGUAAAUACAUAAAGUCAAAUUAUUCUUUGUCGCAAAAUACUACAUAUGUAGAGAAUUCAAUGUUGUGGCUGUUACCAAUAAAUAUUUUGUAGAGA